UUCUGUUACUUCCUUUUUUUCUCUCUCAAAUUUACUACUACUCUCUUAGCUCUCCUCUGUUUCAGUCUCUUUUUUAUUUCCAUAAUAACAUCACCAAUUUUUUCUCUUUUCUUUUUUCUUUUCACUUCAUUUUUUCUCAGCUUUAACUAAUAAAGAAAAAAAUUCAAGUAAUUUAUACCUUAUGGAAUAUGAUACAGAGAAAACAUGAAGAGAAUUCAAGCCAAUCGGUAACAUUUCAUCACCUACCUGUUCUUCUCCGUUUCAGAAACUCCUGUUUUUUGACCGGCGAUGGGAAAGAAAGGGAGUGGAUGGUUCUCGACGGUGAAGAAAGUGUUCAAAUCAUCUCACAAAGACUUGCCUGACAAAAAAAGAGAGAAUAAUGUGGAGAAAUGGCCAAAUGAGGCCCCGGAUGCAGUGUCGUUUGAACAUUUUCCGGCGGAGAGUUCACCGGACAUCACGAAUAAUGAGAGUGCAAUGUCGACUCCUCUGAAUGAAGAUAGGAACCAUGCCAUUGCUGUCGCCAUGGCAACUGCUGCUGCUGCAGAAGCAGCUGUUGCGGCAGCUCAAGCUGCCGCUAAAGUCGUCCGGUUGGCGGGUUAUGGACGACAGUCUAAGGAAGAAAGAGCUGCAACGCUUAUACAGUCGUAUUAUAGAGGCUAUCUGGCUCGGAGAGCUUUGCGUGCUUUGAAGGGACUGGUGAGGUUGCAGGCACUAGUGAGAGGUUAUAACGUGCGCAAACAAGCGCAAAUGACAAUGCGGUGCAUGCAAGCAUUAGUCCGGGUGCAGGCAAGAGUUCGAGCUCGUAGGCUGCAGCUAACUGAUCAUGAUAAGAUCCCCAAGAGAUCAGACGAGGACUAUGAAGAAAAAAAAGGAACGGGAGAAGUAGAACGAAAGCCAAGGAGCCUGUUGAAGAGAUAUGACAGUUGGGAUGGUGGACAGCAAAGCUCAGAGAAGGUUAAGGAAAGUGUUUCGAAGAAACAUGAUGCUGCGAUGAGACGAGAACGAGCCCUUGCUUAUGCCUAUAGCUAUCAGCAACAGCCACAGCAACAACUCAUGCAACCGCACCCCAAUGGCAAAGAUGUUGGAGUCCACCUUAAUGAUCGCGAGAAGGCACAAUGGGGUUGGAACUGGCUCGAGCAUUGGAUGUCAUCGCAACCGUACGACGCUCGUCAACUAGGCCAUCAAGAAGGUUCUUACAUGACACUGCUGACCACCACCGCAACCACUACCGUUACUGAUAACAUGUCUGAGAAAACUGUUGAAAUGGAUGUUGUGACAGCAAUGGAUUCAGGCUCAUACUCAACCCUGCAGCAGGCUCAAUCAGGGUCAAGUAAUGUACCUAGCUACAUGGCCCCAACCCAAUCUGCCAAAGCCAAGGUUCGAAGCCAAGGACCUAUGAUUAUGAAGCAGCAACGUGUACCACAUGCACCCCAAUGGAACCCAUCAACAAAAAAAUCCCCAGGUUGUGAUUCAUCAAGUUCAGGUGGAGGAACAACAGUCUACCAGGCACCAAGGAGCCCUGGCCAAAAGAGUAACGGUGCUCGCAUACCGUCUAGACGUCUAGGUGGAUGUAGCCCGGAUACCGCUGGUGGCCACGGUGGAGAAGAUUGGAGGUUGCCUAUUGGCAGUCAUGGCUGGUGAAAAUGAUUUUGGUUUUUAUAUGUUGUGUUUCAGAAAAUGCCACUAUGAAGUGUGAAAUGAAGGUUUGUUUCUUCAUAUGUUGCUCUCUGUAUUUAUUUGCUCUCGCAUUCAUGUUAGUGAUGUAAUAAUAUAAAAACUGCAAACUCUCCAGUAUUUGAAGCUUUAUCUAUCACAUGAUAAUUGUUUGUUCAGUUCUA